CCAAGGUUGCUUCUUUCCAGUCUUGGGUUCAAGGCGUUGACAAUCAUGAAGUUUCUCAUCCUUACCUGCCUUGUGGCUGUUGCUCUUGCCAGGCCUAAACUUCCUCUUAGACACCCAGAACUCACUCAAAAUGAGCUAGAUAGCAGAGAGGAAGUUCUCAGAGAAAGACAGUUUCUCAGAUUUGCUCUGCCUACACCAAGAGAACUAAGAGAGGUACAGGUCAUGGAAGACCCUGAGCAAAGGCAAUCCAGCAGCAGUUCAUCAAGCGAGGAAGUUGUUCCCAAUAAUACUGAGCAGAGGCAGAUUCCAAGAGAAGACAUACUCUAUCAACGCUAUCUGGAACAGCUUCGUAGACUGAGCCAAUACAACCAACUGCAGGGAGCUAUCCAUGACCAGCAACAACUUCGCAGAGUGAAUGAAAACAACCUCCUCCAAUUGCCUUUCCAACAAUUCUACCAACUUGAUGCUUAUCCCUAUGCUGCUUGGUAUUUUCCUGCACAAAUCAUGCAAUAUAUUGCUUAUCCACCAUCCUUGGACAUCACUAAACCCAUUGCCUCUGAGAACACUGAAAAUGCUGAUGUUGUGCCCCAGUGGUGAAAAAUUAAGAAUUCUCAGGAACUCCACAAUUAUGGCUGUUGAUGUGACUGAAAAUUCCAUUCUCUAAAAUUUUCCUGUCUUCCAUGUAAAACCAUCUUAUCCAAACAUUUAGACUAUUAUUUUAGAAAAAGAUAAUCCCAAAUUUUUGAGGUCUUUACUGUGUAUUAAACAGAAUAUCAUUAUUUUCCUUAAAACCAAAAUUUCCUAACAGUUUAUUGUCAUGACAUAUGAAGGCCACUGAAUCAGAGGGUAUUGAAGUCUUUACUAAGUUUCUAUUACGGAAAUUUUGUUCAAAACUCUUUGAAUUGCUUCUUCUGUGUCAUCAUUCCAUGUAAUUGUGUGCAGUGACUGAGAUUUUUUCCUUUUCUUUUCAAUAAAUUACAAUUUUAA